AUCAUGUAGAUGCCCAGUCUACCUCCAGCAGAGAGCAGUGCGUGGUUGGAUGUGAGCGCCACCGACCUGUCUCUACUUCCAGAUCGAAGAUGGCGGUGUCGGUGUUCCCCGGCGUGCGGCUCCUCUCCAUCGGAGACGCGAAUGGAGACAUACAGCGACACUCAGAGCAGCAGCCCCUGCGGUUAGAAGUCAAAAGCACACAAGAUGCUGCCCUCAUCAAUCUCUCCAAUGGAGAGGAGGCGAGUGUGUUCAAGUGUUCAGUUUCCAGGGAGACAGAGUGCAGCCGCGUGGGGAAGCAGUCAUUCAUCAUCACACUGGGCUGCAACAGCGUCCUGCUACAGUUCUCCUCACCUGCAGACUUUCAGUCCUUUUAUAACGUCCUGAAGAACAGUCGUGGGCAUCUCAGUGAGCGCUCAGUCUUUAGUGAAAGAACAGAGGAGUCCUCUGCUGUUCAGUACUUCCAGUUUUAUGGCUACCUCUCCCAGCAACAGAACAUGAUGCAGGACUACGUUCGGACAGGAACUUACCAACGGGCUAUUCUCCAGAACCACACUGACUUUAAGGAUAAGGUGGUGCUGGAUGUCGGUUGUGGCUCGGGGAUCCUCUCUUUCUUUGCAGCCCAAGCUGGAGCCAGGAAGGUCUAUGCUGUGGAGGCCAGCACCAUGGCACAGCACGCCGAGGUGCUGGUGAACAGCAACCGUUUAGGGGAGCGUGUGGUCGUCAUCCCGGGGAAGGUAGAGGAGGUGACGCUGCCUGAGCAAGUCGACAUCAUCAUCUCGGAGCCCAUGGGCUACAUGUUAUUCAAUGAGCGCAUGCUGGAGAGCUACCUGCAUGCCAAAAAGUUCCUCAAACCCAAUGGUAAAAUGUUCCCAACUAUUGGUGACGUCCACCUGGCCCCAUUCACAGACGAGCAGCUCUACAUGGAGCAGUUCACCAAGGCCAACUUCUGGUACCAGCCCUCCUUCCACGGUGUAGACCUCUCUGCCCUGCGGGGGGCAGCAGUUGACGAGUAUUUCCGUCAGCCAAUUGUGGACACAUUUGAUAUCCGUAUUCUGAUGGCCAAGUCGGUUAAACACACAGUCAACUUCCUGGAGACCAAAGAAGAGGAUCUUUACAGGAUAGAGAUUCCCUUUAAGUUCCACAUGAUGCACUCAGGCCUGGUGCAUGGCCUGGCUUUCUGGUUUGACGUAGCGUUUAUGGGAUCAGUGAUGACAGUUUGGCUGUCCACAGCACCCACAGAGCCUCUCACCCACUGGUACCAGGUGCGCUGUCUGCUGCAGUCUCCCCUCUUCACCAAGGCUGGGGAUACGCUGUCCGGCACUGCGCUGCUGGUGGCCAACAAGAGACAAAGCUACGACAUCAGUAUUGUUGCCCAGGUGGAUCAGACAGGAUCAAAGUCCAGCAAUCUCCUGGACUUGAAGAACCCCUUUUUCAGGUACACAGGCUCCACCCCAAACCCCCCUCCUGGCUCACACUACACCUCCCCAUCCGAGAACAUGUGGAACACGGGUUCGGCCUACAGCAUGAAUCAGGGGAUGGCUGUAUCAGGGAUGCCUGCAGCUUAUGACCUCAGUACAGUCAUUGGCAGUGGCCCGUCAGUGUCUCACAACAACCUCAUUCCCCUGGUGAACACAGGAAUUGUAAACCACACCCACUCCAGGAUGGGCUCCAUUAUGAGCACAGGAAUUGUCCAGGGAGCCACUACGGGCCAGUCAGGCCCCAGCAGCAGUGGUACUUACUAUCCCGUCACCAACCAGUUCACCAUGGGGGGCGCUGCCAUCUCCAUGGCCUCGCCAAUGGUCAUCCCCAGCAACACCAUGCAUUACGGCAGUUAAGACGAAGACCUUGCAACGACCUCUUCGUCCUCCCCGCCCCUGCAUGAUGAGAUCCCCCAACCCCUUCCAGUGGAGCCCCAAAGUCCACUCCCACCCUUCAAACCCUGACUGACCCACCAACCGCAGCCAAAACCAAUAUACCAAAACCAGUGCUGUGUGGCACUCCCCCUCUUGUUCGUCAUCCUCAGUCUACUUUGUUCAGUCCAUCACUAUAUGAACGGUCGAACGCCCUCGUAUCCGUCCAGACUCUUGUCUUGCUAACAGACCCCCUCUUUGAUCCAUUGGGAGUGGAACACGUGCAUAGCUGAGAUGCACUACAGUUAUCAUCUACCCCUUUCCUGGGUUUCGACCCUCCUCCCUCAACAUGUAUUUCAAUCCCUCCUCUCCUCUUCUAUGGGCUGUUUUUUUUUUUUUUUUUUUUUUUAAAUGUGUCAUGACCCCAAAGUGUUUCUUCAAACGCUUCCUUCUCUAAGACUCAAGUCGCUGCCAGAUACCAGCAUCAGUCCCUUCCUACAAUUCUCCACACCUCUUUAUCAGACUGAAGCUUCUCAUUUGUACAGUAGGACACUAUUCAUCAUCACCAGUCAUCCCUGGGCUGCCGUCUCGGCUUUUCAUAUCUGAUCCAGUCUUCAAAGCCCCUCUCCACUUCUCUCAAGAGACUGACUCAUGCCAGACAAAACUGUUCCUUCAAACCACCAAAACAACAUAUUUUCCCCGGUUGCCACUUGUCACUCUGCUUUUGCAGAUCAUUUUGGUUUUAGGCAGAGGCAGUUAUAUCAGAAAGCUGAAGCCAUCUGCAUGCCUAGACACCCUAAGGAGUAUGUGGAAGAUAUGCUUUUUUUGUGACCUGGACAAACUGACCCUCUGAGUUCUACUCAUUACCCAAUGUGUAGUUCUAUUUAAAGGCAGUGUUGUUGGUGCAUUCCACUAAGAUUCACCUAAACCUCAAGUUUUGGGCAUGGCUUGCUGGUCACCUUCCAUGCUUAGAAAUGAGAUAAAUAGGCACUGUAAUGAACUGUGUGUGUGCUGCGGUCGUAUGUUCCAGUCCUCUUUGCUAAUACUUCACUGCAUUGACUAGAAGUGGGCUCCAUGCUAGCAUGUUAGCAUACGUCACAUCAAAUAAGUUAGCCUCAUGGUAUCACAUGGUGAUAGGCUGUGUAAACAAACUGAUCUGAUCUUUAUACUGUAUUUUUAAAGCUGCAUAAGUUGAUGUUUUUGACCACAAUGGGGCAGGAGAACACGCCGUGAACACAGCACUGCUAGCACGCUCACCAUAACAACUUUAUAAGGUGAUCCAUCAAACAGUUACUACUCUAUCUGUACCUCUAUCGAGCAAUACUCUGAUCACCAGACAAACUAAUGUUCAACAUUCACUCUCCUUUGAGCUCUGUUUUGGACUCCAACUCCUGAGGAAGAAAUAUCUGGCGCUUCAGCUGCUAAACGCUCCUCUGUGUUCCCCAGCUAGUUGCUAACUGUUUCUAUCUACUGUUUGGUGCUAGGCAGAUGGCGGACAGUGGGUUUAUCAGAUCGUUUUCACUGAAAACAGCUGCUUGCUUCUGCUGGACACGUGGUUGAUGAAAGCACUGAAAGGGAACCAAAACAGUCCAUCUGGGGGGCGCUAAUACCAAAACAAUGAACUGAAAGAUGCAAAAAAGCUACAUAGAGCUGAGGGGAACUGCAGUGUUGGGUAGUAAUUCUGUGGGUUCAUCACUACAACUGACGCCUUUCACAUUACACAGUCAUUUGAUCCCUUGUUAAUCUGACAGUAUUGAUUAGUGCAAUAUGCUUGUACAUCUUGCCCAUGAUGUGUUUAGCUAAGCUUAACAGCUAUAAGCAGGGAAAAACUGCAACCCUGUCUAAAGUUUAAAAUAUACACCUCCCAACUACUCUAAAGCUGUCUUAAACACAUAUGUAAAAAAUAAGACAGCUGGGUGUUGUGUGCUGUUAGCAUCUCUGAAGUCCUGUCCUCGUGGUGGGGUUGCCAGUUUGGAGCACCAUCCAAAGUGAGCAAAAAGUCUUUUUUUUUAAUCUUCUCUUCCCAACCAAUUAGUAAAAUGAGUUGUUGGAAGGUAUAUUAUGUAACAUUUACUAUAUUCUGCUUCAGCUAGGUCCUAUGACAUCACAUCUUAAGGGGAAAGUGUUUAUAGCUGUUCUAAAAAGCCACGCUUGUCACGACCUCCUUGUGGCUGUAUCCUGCUGCCCACCUGAUCUGUCUUUGCAGUCCCAACGUGAUGAAUUGCACAACACUUUCAGCCUCUCCUUAAAAGCAUUCUUGGUGUUGCCCCUUAGUUUUACACAUAAAAAGUGACCGUAGUAGUUGUGUAAAUAUAUAGAGAAUAUAGAUAGAAAUUCAAACCCUGCUUUCACACCUUCGUACAGUUAGCAAAUUGCUGUUUUGAGUGGGCAUGCCUGUGGGAUUAGUUUGAGAAAGUUAAAAAGAAAAUUGACAGAUGGCCGGACAAGAACUUUAAAGCAUACAUAGGCCUUAUGGGUAAGGCAGUCACCUGAGAUACCAAUGUAUUAGGCACUAGUGGAUGAUUUUGGUGUGUUGUUGACACGGAAGGUGACCAAUGGGACAGUCUGCCAAAAACAUUGUUAAAGCUAGUCCUGUAAACCUAAAACACACCACCUGCUGCUCCCAUUGUCUGUUCUCUUCACACUGUACCCAGUUUUUAGCUGAGAGGACAUUGCAGCAGCUCUUUCCCAGCCAGUCAUUUGUUGAACCAGAUUGCUUCAGCACAGUUGGACGAGGAACAUUUGGAGAACGCACCACUAAGGACCAAUGACCCAGGUGGCAGCCAGCAGGCUGCUGGAAUAAGAAAAGCUGCGGUGGAUUGGCGGCGUUCUAGUUUACAUCUUUGCUUUCUUUCCCUGCUUCUCACCCCAACCUCCAUUGAGACUGAGAGACUGUCACAAAGAGACUUUAAUGUCGAGGCGUGGGAGACAGGGCCACCUCCCUCCUCGUCUGUUCACUAUGUAUGACCUCCAACACAUAUCAUGCCUGCAACACACCUGACGCCCUUGUCCCCUUUUAUCAGUCAAGGAGAGAAAGACUGACACAUGUAUGCAUUGCUUCCAGUGUCACCUCUGUUGGACUCUGUUUAUUUGGAAUUUAUGAGUUAGCAAGUUUUAAGAGAGCUAAGAAAAAUGUCUCUUUGUAGGAUUAACCUUUUUGUUAUCUUUAUUUUGUUUUUUCUUUCACAAAAAAACAACAAACGAUGAAAAAAAAGAGCGCAAAUUAAAUGUGGUGGAGAUGUUCCAAAACCAUCCUGGAA